CGCGGCCUUGUUGUACUUGGUUGGACAGGCUUGUUGCGGGAGGGCGGGGGAAGAUUGUUCGCAGUGGAGAAGGUCCGCGCAAGGGAAGGUAAACUGAGCAACUCCCCAGAGACUCUCAUCCAGCAGCCUCUGCUCAGGCCCAGCCUUCUCUCCAGUUGCCACCACAGCCUGGAGGCGCCUGCCUCCGCCCUCCCGAAUGGUGCUCCUCCUCGCAGGCCUCGGCCCAGGAUCCAGGCCCCCUUUGCCUCCUGCCUCGGAGCUGUUGCUCCGGGUCUCUUCUGGUGGACUCCCCGUGACGGGGAGGGAAGGACUUUUGCACAUACAAGGCUAUAGCUCUUGGGACCCCACCGGCAACUUGAAUCUCGGCCUCUAACCCAGUGUGAGGUUCUUCCUGUGCCCUUUUUUUCCACCCUUUGAGAAGAGAAACCCUUCUUCUUGCCACCCAGAGCCCAGGAAGCCCCAAGCUGGGGCCCUGGUCCCAGCAUGUCAGUCCUCUUUUUUGUAUAGGGCUGUGCCCUCUCCCCAUCAGCAUGGCUGAACUCAGGCAGGUUCCAGGGGGACGGGAGACCCCACAGGGGGAGCUUCGGCCUGAGGUUGUAGAGGAUGAAGUCCCACGGAGCCCAGUUGCAGAGGAGCCUGGAGGAGGUGGAAGCAACAGCAGUGAAGCCAAAUUGUCCCCAAGAGAAGAAGAAGAACUGGAUCCUAGAAUACAGGAGGAGCUGGAGCAUCUGAACCAGGCCAGUGAGGAGAUCAACCAGGUGGAGCUGCAGCUGGAUGAAGCCAGGACCACCUACCGGAGGAUCCUGCAGGAGUCAGCAAGGAAGCUCAACACGCAGGGCUCCCACUUGGGGAGCUGCAUCGAGAAGGCCCGGCCCUACUAUGAGGCUCGGCGGCUGGCUAAGGAGGCCCAGCAGGAGACACAGAAGGCAGCACUGCGGUAUGAGCGGGCUGUGAGCAUGCACAACGCUGCCCGGGAGAUGGUGUUUGUGGCUGAGCAGGGCGUCAUGGCUGACAAGAACCGGCUGGACCCCACGUGGCAGGAGAUGCUCAACCACGCCACCUGCAAGGUGAAUGAGGCCGAGGAGGAGCGGCUUCGUGGUGAGCGGGAACACCAGCGGGUGACGCGGCUGUGCCAGCAGGCUGAGGCUCGGGUUCAGGCCCUGCAGAAGACCCUCCGGCGGGCCAUUGGCAAGAGCCGCCCCUACUUCGAGCUCAAGGCCCAGUUCAGCCAGAUCCUGGAGGAGCACAAGGCCAAGGUGACAGAGCUGGAGCAGCAGGUAGCCCAGGCCAAGACCCGCUACUCAGUCGCCCUGCGCAACCUGGAGCAGAUCAGCGAGCAGAUUCAUGCGCGGCGCCGGGGCCAGCUCCCUCACCCCGCGGGCCAGCUGCGCUCUUCCCCAGUGGGGGCCGAGGCCGGGCCUGAUGGUGGCGAGGAUGGGGACAGCGGGAUCAUCGAGGGGGCCGAGGGCGGGGGGCUGGAGGAGGGUGUCAGCCUGGGGCCUGGCCCUGCCCCCGACACGGACACGCUGAGCCUGCUGAGCCUGCGCACUGUGGCUUCAGACCUGCAGAAGUGCGACUCCGUGGAGCACCUGCGGGGCCUCUCGGACCACGCCAGUCUGGAUGGCCAGGAGCUGGGUCCCCGGAGUGGGGGUCGUAACGGCCGCCACCAGCGCAGUAUCAGCCUGUAGCCCUGUGCUCAGGGUGGCUGGUGCAGUCUUAACCACCACUGGCCCAUGGAGGGCCCUGCAGGCUCCUAGCUCCCUCUCCUCGGGCCCUCGCUUCCCCCAGAGAGGUCAGGUUGGCUGUGUCUUGAGUCUGUCCUGUCUUCCUCACCCUGCCCUGCCCGCGACAGGUGGCAGCUCUCUUUGCCUUACCCUUUCAGAAGGCUUGUCUUUGGCUCUCACAUCUCCCUUCCGCCUGCUGGCCCCUCACAGUCUGAUACUGGUUGCUGCCCUCUUUUUGACUUCUUCCAUCUGUCUGGUUUUUCCCCUCAGGGAAAUUUGUCUAGAAGGCACAGGGACACCAUCAGAGAAGGUGGGUGCUGGACCUGGGUCCUGGCAUCUUGGCCCCCCCAAGCUUGAGUGAAUGGACGGGUGCCCCUCCCACCUACCCAUCUCCCGAGUGGUCCCGAGUGGCAGGGAUGCUGCCGAGCCCUCCUAGCAGCCCAGCGCCCCAGUCCUCUGUCCCAGCCUGCCUGUGUGUAACAUGUAAGAUGCACUGUGGGACUGUGUGACUCUGGAAGACACCACCCAUCCCUUUAGUGCUCCCUCCUCAUGACCUAAGCCACUUUGCUAUGUGUGCCUCAAAGCAGGACUUGAGGGAUACUGGUGUCAGGGAAGGUGAAACCCAAUCUCAUCAUUGAUAAAGGGGGCACCACCAACUCCAAACAGACUCCCGUGUGUGUGGUGUUUCCCCAGCUUGGCUGGGUCCUUAACAUUGCCAAGGUGCUAGUGAGUCCAUGUUGGGGGAUGGAGAUGUAGUGAGGUCCUGAUGGCUGAAGGCCUUGCCAUUUCUGCUGUGGGGUUAGGUUAAUUUACUUUUUCUGGGUAGAGGAUGCUGAACCAAAUCUCAGCAUCCUCCUGCAGGGUAGAGUUGGGGAACUUGGUGCUCAAUUGCUCUCCCUCGCUCUUCCCCAAACCAAACAGUACCUAGUCCAUGAUCCCUUGGGGGGUGCUCAGGUUUGGCUGCAGAGCCUCCACUGAUAUGGGGAAGGUUUGGCCUGGGGUGAGGGAACCCGCCCUCCAUAGGGAGCUGCUUCAGGUGUCUGGUGGUACUCCUGUGCUGCAUGGGGCGGGGGAAAGGUAGGGAAGCCACACUGGAUCUAGGUGCCUUGGGAGCACCAAUCCUCCUGUCCCACCCCAGGAGGGCUGAGAGCUGGACUCUGGACAGGAGAACUUGUGCCUAGGCCUGUGUGCUGCUGCCGUUGACUGGGGGAGGAGCAGGCCUUCGAAUAGAAGGUGUCUCCCUGUCCCAGGGUUGAGGCAGUUUGGUCAUGAUGAGAACUGCCAGGUUUGAGGUGGCCAUGGGGGGAGGGAAGAAGGGGGAGGACGUGGGCGUGCGUGCGUGCAUGCAUGUGCCUGUGUGUAUGGGGGAAAAGGGUCUGCCCCUGAU